CCAACUCUUGAACCGAUGCGUCAUAUGCUCAUUUGCCUAUUUUUAGGUGUCAUUCGUACUCGCGAGUUCAUCACUGCAACUUCACCAAGAAGUUACAUGUUCCCCGUCCAGUACAAUGACUGCACACCUGCAGGAGUAAAUAAAGCUACCGCCAUCGUGAACAUCCGUGUCAUUGAAAGCAAUUGCCAACCCAAAUGGAACGGUUUGCCCUCAACUCUGUUCUACUCAACGUAUGAGCAGCAGCCCAAACGUCUACUCUGGCCUCAAAAUUACCACCUGGACAUGUGCGGCAUGACCUGUGAUUCACGCGAGUCACACUUCUAUACAGCUGUUACCCUUCGUCAUGCCAAUCCUUCGCAAUUUCUCACUACUGCAUCGCCAUCUUUCUGUCGACACGAUCUGAGGAGUCUUCAUGAACAACGCAAGCUUUGU